AUGGCGCCUUUCGGUCAGAUAUCAAAAAUCACAAGCAAAGAGGACCACUUUGACCUGGAUGCUGCUAGCGAAGCUGUUGAAAAUGGUCUGUCCAUUGCGCAUCUUUUGAAGGGCCAUAAACUCUCACCAGGCGAGUCAAAAUGGUUAGCCCUUGUUGCGAUCGAGACCCAAUCUCUCCCGACACUGCAGAUAUUGCUCGAUAAUGGCUGGGACAUCAAUGAACCGGAAGGCUACUUCGAACCACCGCUCUUAGGGCGUGCGGUUCGAUCGGAUUCUAAUGAAGAGGUUGUUCGCUGGUUUCUUGAUCAUGGUGCAGACCCCAACGCCUAUGCGGGAAAAUACAAGCUCACACCACUCUCUCGUGCCAUUCAAUUCGCGCCUGUCAAUAUCAUUCAGCUACUCCCCGAUCGCGGAGGAUCUGCAGAAAAGGGUGGAGUGAUCAGCUUUAUCUGCAAAAGGCCAGAAGAUUCAAAUACUCUAUACUUGUUGAGACUACUUCACGAGAUGGGAGCUAGCAUCAGCAAUGCCCUCUUCGACACAGACCCCAACCUUAGCGACGUCACUAAAUUCGAAGGGACACCUAUGCGGAUUUCUUGUACUACGGGAAACACCACGGCAGUCCGAUAUCUAGUUGAGCAUGGUGCCAGCCCGUUUGAGAAACCAUUUUUUGCUCAGUGCUUGCUGCUGGAUGCAGCCAGGAAAUAUGGACACUGGGAGAUUGCCAAGAUAUUGUCUAAUGUCUCUAAAUAA